AUGGAAGCCAUUAAACCUGUGUUUCAAGAUUUAUGUAACACAAAGCUCCUUUCAAAAUGUGUUGGUGGUUACACGCAAAAUGCCAAUGAAUCAUUUCAUUCCAAAAUUUGGAAAAUUUGCCCCAAGACAGGAUUUUUUGGAAAGAGAAUUGUGGACAUUGGAACAAAUGAUGCAAUUAUUACUUUCAAUGAUGGAAUGAUGGGGAGAUUAAAAGUUUUGGAAAGAUUUCAGAUACCUGUAGGCAAAAAUAUGAGCAAUGCUUUGAAGAAUGAAGGCUGCGCUAGAAUUAGAUCUGCUGAAAAAAGAGCAUCCCAGGCAACAAAAGAGGCAAGAAAAUCCAGAAAAAAAUUAAAAUUACUAGAAGAAGCUAAGAAACAAGAACCAGAAGAAGUUUCCUAUGCUCCUGGUGCAUUUUAA